AUGGCUGACGAUAAUGAUUUAAGGGUAAAAGCUGGAGUUCUUAUGCGGAAUUCAAUUAUAAACGAGCAAGUAGUCGAUGGGAAGAUCGAAAAUGAUUAUCAAGAGAAGUUGAACGAAGAACUUCAGCUUCAACCACAUCAUGAAAUAGUACAGAUGUGGGUAAAGUUGCUGAAGGAUAUUUGGAUUUGUGAGGAAAAAAAGAUCACUAAGCAGGAGUUGUGCCAAUCAGUGUUGAACGAAAUAUUCGAUAAGUGUCAAAAUCCGAUGAAAACUGCACUUAUUUUGCACAAGUUAUGUCCAGAUUAUGGGGCGCAAAAACCAUCAACUCUCGCCGGUUUUGUUUUGCGACAUCUCGAUCAGUGGCUACAAAAAACGAAACGGAAUAAUGAACUGUAUGAGAAACUAGAUAGAAAUACAAAGAUUGAAGCUUUGACCGUCGGCACAAACAAACAUACAGUACAUUUGGAACUUAUCAUCAGUCUAUUUCAGUUGAAAAGUGAUGAUAUGGCAGACUAUGUUCUUCAAGUGGUGAAAGAUAUGGUAGCCGUGGCAAAUUAUCGUGAUGCUAUCUCCUGUGCAACUUUGUUUGGAUUGCAGUCGCAUUUUACACUUAUUGAAUUAGUUAUCCCAUGCGUACUGCAGGAUCGUUUUAUUGCAGUUGAUGCAUUCAUUAAAAAUGAAAGAAAGAUGCAGGAAGAACUUGUGCGAUAUUUCGAUAAUCUUAUUGGUCUCGAUGAACGAAUUAUUGAUCAUCAUUAUGAGGAUUUCCGCAGAAGAAAAAUUAUGACCAUUCCAAUGUCGAAGCUGCAAAAGAAAGCUAUUGAAAAGUUUGUCGCCAAACUGCUAGCAACUUACAAUUUACCUCAUGAAGUGGCACCGAAGUUAUCUCGCUGUAGGCGAGAAGGUGCUCUCAGACAUAUGGCUUUUAUGUAUUUCGUUGAACGUAGUGUUACCGAAGAAGGAUACUUUGAUUACGUAGCUCAAGCUUUACAAUCCGAUUUGAUGCUGCAAAAAUAUUUUAUUAAUUAUCUCUGUUCAAACGGCUGGUUUAAUGAUGCCGUUCGAUGGGUUGUUUUUUACAACAUAAUCGAUUGCGCCCCUCGCAGUUUAAAGUCUUAUUUGUGCAGUGAUAUGGUUCUUAGAGCGCAGGCUGAUUUAACAAGGAUCACAUCGGAAAGGGCGAGUGUUACAAAUGUGGAAUUGUUCCCAGGUCAUCCCAUCAAAAUAAUUGCAACUCCUGAAGAUUUGGAAAAGCUUUAUCCUGUUAUUAAAGAAGCCGACUUAAUUGGAAUAGAUACAGAGUGGAAACCCUUGUUUAUGUGCACAAGUGAAAGGGUAGCGCUUUUUCAAAUCUCUAUUCAACACUGCAGCUACCUUGUUGAUGUUAUCACUUUAGAAAAUGUGCUCAGUGAGGAACAGUGGACACGAUUCUUCAAAGCUCUGUUUUCUGAUAGCAAUGCAGUAAAAUUGGGUCUGGUUCGAUCUUUUAAACGAUCUAAGGGUUUUGCAUGCUUCUUUUCCUUAUCUACAGCCUCUAGAAAAGAUGAAAAAUGUGAUUUGCAUGUUGAAACUGGUGAAAAGCCUGACUUUCCAUUAUCAAGCAAAGCUGAAAGUUUGUUGGAUCCUGUUUCUGAUGAAACGGUGCACUUUCGGCUCACUGAUCUAUGUCAGAAAGUACUUGGUGAGGCUCUAGAUAAAACAGAGCAGAUAGGCAACUGGGCUAUGCGUCCUCUUCGUCGUGAACAGAUGAAAUAUGCAGCAAUGGAUGCUUACUGUUUAUUGAAUCUUUAUGAUAAGUUAAAGAUAAGGGCUGAACGAGAAUACAAUAUGGAUUGGACUAAACACUGCAAGGAGUGUGAUGUAACACAGACGAAGUCAAAGAUGGAGAAGAAAGCCAAAAAGAAAGAAGUGAAAUUUGAUGACAGGGAAUUCGAACAAAUGAUUGAGCGUUUAAACUCCGGCCUAAAUAAUUCACAAAUUAAAAGGAAACCGAAAGAUUUGAAGAUUAUUGUCGAUUCAAUGAUGCUUGGUCUGGGUAAACAUUUGAGAAGAUGCGGCAUUGAUACCAUAUUAGCAGAAACACGGAGUUAUUUGAUUGAGUGUGCAGAAAGAGAUCCAAAUCGAUACAUAAUAACGUGUGGAAGGGCAAUAGAUGAACUUCGAAGACAUCGAUCGUUGAGAGGGACGCAGCGUAUAUUGUCUGUCCCAACCGCGCAAAAUAUGAGCAUAAUUCAGCAGAUUGAAUUUGUCUUAAGACAGUUCAAUAUGCAUUUAUCCAAAGAUGAUAUUUUCUCACGCUGCAUGAAAUGCAAUUCGAAUUCAUUUGUGAUAGCUCCAUCUCCCGUACUGGAGGCAAUGUAUCAGGCAAAUGUUGUCGCAUCGAAUCCGUUUAGUAAACAAACUUAUGAUGCCGCAAAAUAUAAUGAAAAAAUGCGAGAAAUCGACGCGGAAAUGUAUUCCGGCUACGGAUGCGAUUUAGAAGUUUGUGAAAAUGAUUGCUCAUGGAUCGUAGCACAUUGUCACAAUGGUAUCUUAAAUAUCGAAAAUUGCCUGGUUGCUGCUAUAGAUUGUGAUACUCCAACUGAAGUUAAAAUAGAAAAAGUACCUUUACAAGUUUUGGAAAAAAAAGGCAGGUCGCAUGGUCCGUUUAAUUUGCAAUUAAUGAACAGCAGUAAUGGUAACGCACUAUUCACGAAUGCAUUAUUUACCGCUCCAGAUAGAUUCAAAUUUUCUAAUGUUGAUAGCGCUAGCAGUAGCAAUGAGAAGCCAUGCUCAAUCAGUGUUACAGAUAUGCUCAACAUGAAUAAGAUAAUGUUAAAUUUUGAUGAUUGUUCGUCGAAUAAAGAAACAAGCAACGAUAUUAAUAAUGAUGAAUCAGGAUGGGAUUUCUGGAGUCGAGUAUACGAUGAUCCGGAAUUGAGAUCACAAAUAACCGAUCGCUUCUAUAAUGCGCCAACUGUAUCAGAGAUGUUAACAAGCGAAAAGCUUAUUCGUGCACAACUUAUAUUUUUAAAUGUACCGCGGAUUGAAGUAGCUGCUAAUAAUGCUGAAAUAAUAGACAGGGCAAGCAUUUUUCCUUCUCUUUUAACGGCAUUUCAAAUUAGAUCGUUCGAUCCCUUAUCGAAAGUGAAUGUGGAAAAAAUAUUGCUAUAUUCGAUAUUGCUAUCAGUAAUCGACGUUGGUCAGCGUGUCCGUUUCUAUCGCAGCGAAGAUGCACUGGAAGUUCUCCGGGCCUUUAAUGGCUAUCGUUUUCGGAACCGAUUUCUGUCGGUUCGUUAUGAGGAUUAUGUUACUUGUAAGAGCUUUGAAUUGGACAAACAUCCUAGCAAAAUGGAAUUGGAAUCAAAAAUGGACUAUCCAUUGGAUAUGAAUAUUAGUCCUAGUAUUAACAAAAAUGUAUGGAAUGCUACCGAAUUUGCACAGAUCGAACUAUUUAAAAAUGAUUUGAUGAGAUUGCUAGCAAAUGCAGGCAUGAAUAAUCCGGGUAUUUAUAUCGAUGAUCCUCGUAUCACGCAGUUUACAUCUCGUGGAUCAGCGCUUGUCAAGGCAAUGCUAAAACAAUGGCCUGUUGGCUUAUUUCGCAUGUGUGCUCCUCAGGUUCGUUUAACCGGAAGAUACCUUAGCCUGGGUCACCAAAAUCAAAAUGCUGUGCUAAGUAAAGUCGCUGCCGAGUCGUAUCCACGAACAUACAUAGAGAGAUGGGAACCUCUUGCGCCUACAGUAAUUCACACCAAAUAUCAUUUGGUGGAUUACUGUUGCGCCCUUUUGCGUCAUUUCGGUGCGCAACAAAUACAAGUGGACCUACCAUGGCGAAUCCUAACCACCCUUCUUCCAUCCAACGCAGAUUGGCCACAAGAUUCUGUAGAAUUAAUGAACCUGGUAGCUAAAUUAUCCCCUCAUACAAGUGUGUUUGGAGGAACGUUAUUCCUUGUAAGUGACGUGUGUCACAGACGAGCACUUGCACAAAAAUUGUUACAUUUACCAGAAUGA